ACUACUCCGCGAUCUCCGCUUCACCUAGCUCCUCGUCGCCGCCCGCCUGUGCUCUAGGCUAUCCCCUCCAUCCGAGACCCGACCAUGGCGCAAGAGAGUGAUCUGGCCAAGACGGCCGACAAGGGCAAGGGAAAGGCCGUUGAUAAUGAGACACCAAAGGACAAGGCUGGGCAGCCGGUGGCAAACGGCAAGAAGGACGACGACAAGGCCGAGUCUUCAGAAGAGCUCAGUGAGGAGGACCAGCAACUGAAGAGCGAGCUUGACAUGCUCGUUGAGAGGCUGACGGAAUCCAAUGCGGAGCUUUACAAACCGGCACUCGAGGCCAUGAAGACGCUCAUCAAGACGUCGACUUCCUCCAUGACAGCAGUCCCCAAGCCUCUAAAGUUUUUGCGGCCACACUAUGAGACGAUGACGAAGCUCUACGAUGACUGGCCAGCCGGCGACGACAAGAAUUCUUUGGCGGACGUGCUGUCCGUCAUCGGAAUGACCUACUCAGACGAAGAGCGCCAGGACACACUGAAAUACCGCCUCCUCGCCCCCACUCAGGAUAUUGGGUCUUGGGGCCACGAAUACGUUCGCCACCUCGCGCUCGAGAUUGGCGAGGUCUACGCGAAGCGCAUUGCCGCCGACGAGCCAACCGCAGACCUGGUUGACCUUGCGCUAAUGCUUGUGCCUCUUUUCUUGAAGAGCAACCAGGAGGCAGACGCCGUCGACUUGAUGAGCGAGCUUGAGAUCAUUGAGGAGCUGCCCAAGUUCCUUGACGAAAAUACCUAUGGAAGGGUCUGCUUGUACAUGGUCUCAAUGGUCAACCUGCUCACUUACCCGGAGAACGAGCAGUUCCUGCGGGUGGCGCACAGCAUUUACAAGACCUACAAGCAGUACACUCAGGCCAUGGUGCUUGCCAUUAGGCUCAACGACCACGAGCUCAUCGAGACCGACUUCGAUGAUGCACCAGACCCGGCGCUCAAGAAGCAACUCGCCUUCCUCGUCGCCCGUCAGCGGAUAUGCCUGGAUCACCCGAGGGAGACGCCGGAUGACGAGGAGAUUGUGGAAUGCCUCGGUAACGUGAAACUACCGGAACACUUCAAGGCCCUCGGCAAGGAGCUGAACAUUCUCGAGCCCAAAACGACCGAGGACAUCUACAAGAGCCACCUGGAGAGCAGCCGAGUGGCUGGUCUGACCAACUUUGAUUCGGCCCGCAACAACUUGGCAGCAGCCUUUGUCAACGCGUUUGUGAACGCCGGUUUCGGAAACGACAAGAUGAUGCUUGUUGAGAAGGAUAAGGAAAGCUGGGUGUGGAAGACUAAGGAGGAGGGCAUGAUGUCUACAGUGGCUUCCCUGGGAACACUGAUGAUGUGGGAUAUUGAGAACGGGCUAGAUCAGGUCGACAAGUACACCUACCUCGACGAGGAGCAGAUUCAGGCCGGCGCCUAUCUUGCGAUAGGAAUCAUGAACUCGGGCAUUCGGUUGGAUUCGGAGCCUGCCUUGGCUCUGCUCGCCGACAACGACAAGCUCAAUCACAAAAACCCCCUGAUCAGGGUAGCCGCGAUCAUGGGCCUCGGCUUGUCGUAUGCUGGUUCCAACAAGGAGGAGCUACUGGCCUACCUCCUGCCCAUCAUCUCCGACACUAGCCAAGAGAUGCGUGUGUCGGCAAUGGCUGCGCUGGCUUGCGGUUUGGUGUUUGUCGGGUCUUCGCAUGCAGAGGCUGGCGAGGCCAUCAUCAUGACCUUGCUGGACGAUGAGCGCAAGAGCCAACUCACAGAUAAGUGGACGCGCUUCCUCGCGCUCGGCUUGGGUCUGCUUUACUUUGGCCGUCAAGAAGAGGUUGAUGUUGUACUCGAGACUUUGAAGGUCGUCGAGCACCCAAUGGCGAAGCCGACAUCUGUUCUUGCGUCCAUCUGCGCCUGGGCUGGCACCGGCGCUGUGCUCAAGAUCCAGGAGCUCCUGCACCUGUGCAAUGAGCACAUGGAGGAAUCCGACGAAAAGAAGGGCGACGAGCUGCUCCAGGCUUAUGCUGUGCUCGGUAUCGGCUUGAUUGCCAUGGGCGAGGAUGUUGGCCAGGACAUGGUCCUCCGCCACUUCGGCCAUCUCAUGCACUACGGUGAGGCCAACAUCCGAAGGACGGUGCCCCUGGCCAUGGGCCUCGUGAGCCCCAGCAAUCCGCAAAUGAAGAUCUACGACACGCUUUCACGGUACAGCCACGACAACGACAACGAUGUCGCCAUCAACGCCAUAUUCGCCAUGGGCCUUCUGGGUGCCGGUACCAACAAUGCCAGGCUGGCACAGCUCUUGCGUCAGCUCGCCAGCUAUUACCACAGGGACCAGGAAUCCUUGUUCAUGGUGCGCAUCGCGCAGGGCCUUCUGCACAUGGGCAAGGGCACCUUAUCCAUCAACCCCUUCCAUACCGACCGUCAGAUCCUGUCGCGCGUCUCAGCCGCCGGCCUGCUCGCCGUCCUCGUGGCCAUGAUUGAUGCGAAGCAGCUCAUUACGUCCAACUCGCACUACCUGCUCUAUUUCCUUGUCACGGCCAUGCACCCGCGCUUCCUGGUCACGUUGGACGAGAGCCUCAAGCCGCUAACGGUCAACGUGCGUGUCGGUCAGGCCGUCGACGUGGUUGGCCAGGCCGGCCGUCCCAAGACCAUCACCGGGUGGCAGACACAGAGCACGCCCGUGCUGCUCGCAUACGGCGAGCGCGCCGAGCUCGAAGACGAGGAGUAUAUUAGUCUCAGCAGUACCCUCGAGGGCCUGGUCAUUUUGCGCAAGAACCCGGAAUGGGAGGGUGGUAAAUAAGCCAUGAGGCGGGGCUCAUUUGAAUCAAGGGACCAAGAAGCAGAAGAGACGGCUUCCGGCCGAAGAAUGGAUGACGGAUGUGUACAGUAGAAUAAAGGUAAAUGAGCUCGACCCGGGUCAUUUAUUGAGGUGGCAGGGCCAGCCGCCGCGGCGGUCCUGGACGGGUUCUGGUUGCUAAAAUGCUAUCAUCAUGUCUUCUGGGUGGCUUGCCCCCAUAUACUGUGAUAGUGCUCUCCAUGCCUGCCCUUGAGGAGACCGUGCCGGCGGAACGCGAACCCGAGCAGAUGGAAGAUGCGCGACUCUUAUUGCUCAAGACAAAGCAGGGUCUGCAGACAACU